UGAAAUUUAAAAUGCGUUCUUAAUUCGUUUCACUUCGCUGCGCAACUGCACAUUACAUUGGUGUUAUCGAUAAUCAUAACAAUCGAUACAUCUAUUGUUUAUUCUGGGCGCAAUUCAAGUUCAAUUUUUGUAUGUACAUUUAAUUAUGGAGUCGCGCCAAUUGCACUCCGCCGUGUUUGGCGUAUGCGGCUUCGAGGAUGAGACGCUGGUGGAGAUCUCCGGCCCGGGAAACAGCGGAAAGAGCCUGGUGCUCCAGCAACUGAUGGCCCACUGUUUGGCGCCCUACGAAUUCGGUGGCCGCCAGUGGAGCGUCCUCUUGAUCAACCUGAGUCACAAGAUUACCCGGGAAUCCCUCACGAAGUGCAUAAACACGGAACUGCAGGCGUUUUCUGAGGGAGUGGAGGGAGGGGAAUCCCCGCCGGAGGAAGAACUGGUCGAGAUUGCGGGAGAAUGCGUCGGUCGCGUUCGAUUCCUCAACUGUUUCUCCACCGAGGACGUUUCCACUGCCCUAAUCGACGCCCGCUAUGCGAUCGUCAAUGAUCCCGGUGUGCAACUGGUUGCCCUCGACACACUCGGCGAAUUCUAUUGGCUGGACUUCCCCAAGAGAACCCAGAAAUUGUCCAUGUUCCGGCACUACCGCCAGUGGCAGACGCGUCUGGAGAGGCUCUGCAAGGAGGCCAUCGUCUGCGGCAUGUACACGGUGGACUCUGCUCACCUGGAGAACCGGUAUGUUCAUGGUGAACAACUGCCGGGGGUCAAAAUAAACUACACAGUCAGGAUGGAAAAGAUUGGAGGGUGUCUCACUCUGAAUGGAUUGCCCCUCGCCUUUGGCAAUGGUGGGGCUAAACUAGUCAACAAGUAAGAGGAUAAUACCAAAAUGUAUCACUAUUUCUCAUAAACAAUCACUUACUAACGAUCCCCACAAAUGUUAGUAGCAAUCAGAUGAUACAUAGCUAGCCAUUACAACAACUUACUUGAAUUACAUUCCAAUAUCAUACUUUUUAAGAUAUCUCUCUGGUGGGACAAUUAAAACUCAGAUAAAUCCGAAAUCUAGAAGAUUACCAGGGAAGAGAUUGUAUGUUGGAUUUACAAGGUAUUCAGAGACUUCAAACUAUUUGUAUCUAUUUCCCAAUGUCAAUUUUUUAAAUAAGUUCCUUAACUAAAUAGUUAAAAUAGCUGCUAUUUUAACUAAUGUGACUGCCUGAAAAAAUAAUCUGUAACUAUCUAAGUUAGAGAAAUGAGACAAAUGUUUUAUAAUGUUGAAAUACCUAAAAGUUAUUUAAUAUUUAAAUUAUUUGGAUUUUAAGUCAGUUUUUUAAGUCAGAUAGUUGUUAUCGUGAUUGCCCUUGAUAUUUUCUUUGUUAUCCCUUCAAACUAAAAUAUCUCGGAACCACUAAAGUUCGAAAAGAGACUUGCCCCACUCCAAGUUGUAAGAAAAGCUCGCUUUUAUGACUUAUUCCAUUCAGUAAUAUAUUUAAUAUUAUAUAUCAGUAAUAUUAUCUUAAUUAAAAAAAAUACAACAGUUCUUUAAAAUUGUGUUGAAA